AUGAGUAUCACUUGGAGGGUUAAGAGGCGUGCGAAGACCUGGGUUCAGGAGCCCCUUGGGGUAAUCCUGGAUCGGGUCCCACUCCGCAACUUUGGAAUCGAUGAGCCAUUUUCUUAUUUGGGAGCUUUAUUUACUGUUCAUCGGGGGCUCAGCAAUUCCAAUGCUUAUCUUUCAAUCAGGGAUGCAGCGACCAGGUGCUCCAGGCUUUCCCUGAAGCCAAUGCAGAGGUUGAACCUGCUAUGCAGUUAUGUUCUCCCAGCCUUCUUCUAUAGACUCAUUGCGGACCCACCUGGUUUGGUCGCCCUUCGGGAGUUGGAUGCCUUCCUGAGGUCUCUGAUUCGGACUAUGCUCCACCUGCCCUCGGCUGUGGCGUCUAGCUAUGUCCACAUGCGGAGGGCAGAUGGAGGUCUGGGCGUGCCGCGGUUGGUCGACCUCGUGAGGGCUGCCAAUGUUCGCGCGUUGGCCGGCCUUGCGAGGUCGGACGACCCGGUGCUGCGGUCUGUGCUGGGUGACCCUCGGGUUGGUGCCCUUGCUUCUGACUCGGCUGCGGCCCUGGGUCUUAAUUGGCCUCCGCGCGACGAAGAUGUUGUGGCCAUCAAAUCCCAGCUCAGGGACACGGACUUUUCCGGUUUGGGAAGCCAGGGUAAGGGAGCGGCUUGUUUCCGUAGAAAUAAGCUCGGCAACAAGUGGUUGUGGUCGGAGGGAGAGCUGUACCCGGGAGAGAAAUUAUCGACCUGA